UUGUCAUGUAUCGAUCUAUCUCUUCCUUUUCUCAACAUAAUUCCUCCAGUGAGGUUAAUCCACUAACAUGCCGAAGGUGGUGUGUAGUAAAAACUUUGUGACGCCCCGUCGUCCAUUCGAGAAGGAACGCCUUGACCAGGAAUUGAAGCUCAUUGGAGAGUAUGGUCUGCGUAACAAGCGUGAGGUAUGGCGUGUGAAGUACACCCUGGCCAAAAUCAGGAAGGCCGCUAGAGAGCUGCUUACCAGGGAGGAAAAGGACCAGAAGAGGCUCUUUGAAGGUAACGCCCUGUUGCGUCGUCUUGUGCGAAUCGGUGUGCUGGAUGAGAGCAAGAUGAAGCUCGAUUACGUCCUCGGUCUGAGAAUCGAAGAUUUCUUGGAGCGCCGUCUCCAGACCCAAGUCUUCAAGCUUGGACUGGCCAAGAGUAUCCAUCAUGCUCGUGUCCUCAUCCGUCAGCGUCACAUCCGUGUCCGCAAACAAGUAGUGAACAUCCCCUCGUACAUUGUUCGUCUGGACUCACAGAAGCACAUCGACUUCUCCCUGCGAUCACCGUAUGGUGGUGGACGCCCUGGACGUGUCAAGCGCCAGAACAUGAAGAAGGGCUCCGGCGGUGGUGGAGGAGAUGAUGAAGAUGAAGAUUAAGAUGGAGACUGGUAGAGCUUCUCGUCUGUCAUGCCUAGAUGCACUACAGCAUUAAGAUCCUGCUGAUACAUGAACAUUUACCAUUCAAGGGGCUUCAAAGCCUUACAGUGGACAGUGUGAUAGAUAGAUGCUUUACCAACAUCGUCUUCGGAAUUCAGAGCAAAUAAACAUCUUG